GAGAAGAAAACCUGAAGCCUCCCCCUCCCAGGGGUCCUCCUUCACUUGACACGUAACCACAAGACAGCAGUCUUCCCUUUGAUGAGGGCUUCCCUCCACCUCCCCAGAAAUGAAAGAGCAAGUUUGCAAACACUCUAAAAGCUCCUUCCAUUAGACCUGGACGCCGGAAACCACAAAGGGCAGUCAAGUUUUGAUUUCCAAGGAGAAAGCCUGCGGUAACCUCUCGCUCCGCCGCCAGGAGAUCUGCAGGUUCCUGGGAGGAGCUCUUCUCAAAUCUUCACGACUCCAAGGCUCUUUGCGAACGACUCAUCUCUCGAAGACUCAGGGCGGUGGAUUACAGGAGCUGAGAAGCUCCGGUGGCUUUGGAAGAUUACUCUGUGUUUGGCGUGCGCUCGCAUUUCCAGGCAGAGGAACUCCCUUUGUCAUCUGUUGAAAUAAGAAGACCCGAGGGGAAGACCGGGUUUGAAGUGUGGAUUAGAGAGGGUCCUAAAUCUUUGCCUACUCCCUCCGUCUGGAUCUUUAUAAAAAGAUCGAGGGGUGCCAUGAAGAUCGGGAGUCAUGCAAAGUUCCCUUGACGCCGGUCCUGGCACCCAGCUGCUGGACCCACACACUUCCCCAAAGACAGACGUGCUGUGCCAGGCAGUCUGGAUGGACCAGCAUCUCCGCUUCGAAGAUUUAAGUCUCAUCUUCUGCUGAGAGAUCAGUCUCUUGGGUGAUUGGUGCGCUUUUUCGGCGAGGGAUGGAGAAGCGCAAAGCGGCGGGACUGCUGCCCUUGCCGCGCCCGCUGCGCACCGUGCCGCUGGGCACGCCGAGGCCCCUGCCCGGACUCCCUCUGAGGGACCCCUUCCGGGCGUCCCUGCGCCCGGACGCCGCGUGCAGGGAGCGGGCGCGCGGGGGCUGCGCGCGGAGACGCCAGUACCUGCCCCUGCCGCUGGCGGGCGCCUUGGAGCCCGCCUUCCUGCGCAAGCGCAACGAGCGCGAGCGGCAGCGGGUGCGCUGCGUGAACGAGGGCUACGCGCGCCUCCGCGACCACCUGCCUCGGGAGCUGGCCGGCAGGCACCUCAGCAAAGUGGAGACGCUCCGCGCCGCCAUCGGCUACAUCAAGCACCUCCAGGAGCUGCUGGGGGAGCGCCACGCCCGGGGCCCCGAGGGUCCCGCGGGCGCCGCGCCGCAGCGCGGGGCGGAAUGCAACAGCGACGGCGAGUCCAAGGCGUCCUCGGCGCCGUCGCCGGGCAGCGAGCCCGAGGAGCGGUCCAGCUAG